AUGGAGUUCCAUUUGCUAAUGCUCGAGGAAAUCAUAUGCAACGAUUCCAUGCGUCGAAUCGUUCACUUGGACGAGAUUGUAUUUGACGUUGUCCUACGUUGGGGAUACUGGGACGAGGAAGACAGGAAGGAAAAUUAUCUCCUAGUGAGGAAGAACAAGAUCCUCCACGAGAUAGACGCGCUAAGAAACACCACGUCUCUCAUUUGUGGGGAGCUGCACUUAGCCAACGAGUCUUCAAAAGCAUUCAAGUUGCAUAUGUUUGAAUUUAAUAAAACGAAGCUUUGCUAUUUCAAGGAUAAACAAGGCUCCCACAAGAUUGAGGAGUGGGAUGUAAAAUAUAUUAGAAUGAAGCGUCAUUUAAAAUAA